AUGUUUCAAUGUACACUAUGCGAAAAGUCCUAUCAGAGGAAGAAUCACUUAACUCGCCAUGAAGCGACCCGUAAGGCUGACCACCUCGUAGAUACACAGCAGCUCUCUUCUAGCUGCCCUUUGUGCAGCAAAGCAUUUAUGAAGCCGUGUGUGAAUGAGGUCACAAGAAGACAUAUCAAAACCUGUGCAAAAAAGCUCAAUCAACCUCCACCUCCUCCAGCCAAGCCAGGUCGGAAAAGACAUUCCUGUGAGUUGUGUUUCUUCGCCAAGGUAUCUUGCGACAGGAAUCUACCAUGCUCUCGCUGUCGCUUCCUUGGUCGACAAUGUACUUUCGUGGCCCAAGAGAUACCUUCCUGGGAUCCCAGUUGCUCUGCGGUAGCUUCACUCUCGCCUUCUGUGACAACCUCACGAUUUGGCUUAAGAGACAGUGGAUCAUUUUCUUUCCUCCAACAUUUUGCCAAUCCAUCUUUCCAAGGGGAUAGGUUGGCGAUCGGGGAGACUGCAAAAUGUUCCGUUCGAAGAAACCUUGAAACACUCAACUCCCAUAUCGAAGAUGCCCUUGUUCCCACUGAUCCUAUAUCAGUCUUUAAUGUUGACUUUCAACUCACGAGUUUCCCUUCUCAAAUACCCUCGACUAUGCCCUCUUUUGCCGAUGAUCAUUCACUUCAGCUCUCCCCUGAUACACUCUUCCCUUCGAAGCUUUCCAACCAAUUAUCCGAGAUUAUGACAGAGCUGGUCGAAACUUCAAAGUCAAUGGGGCUCGGAGGCACAGGAAUGCUCGGCCCGCUUGAUUUCAUAGAGCUUUCUACUCUCUUAGGGGUCUCCAAUAUCUCCGCCUCUAUCUCUGCAUUCUUCCACUCUCUUCACUGGCAUUUACCAGUGGUGCAUUUUCCAACCUUCGACCCAGGAAACAUCACCAAUCCUCUUUUACUUUCAAUAUUUUUAUCUGGUGCGACAUAUACUAUUCCAUUAGAUGGAGGGGCCCUACCAUUUGGUAUCUUCGACGUAGCGGAAGAGUACAUAUUUCGGAAAAUUACAGACUUAUCAAUACUUGCUUCGCCGAAGGAUUCCUCGCAUCUGCUAUCAACUGUGCAGCUGAUACAGAGUGCUCUCAUCAUCGAAAUGCUUCAAUUUGGGCAAGAUAAUGUGCAAACGAGGCGCCGUAUUCGUCUCGUCCGACAUCCAUGUUUGGUAUCUACCAUACGAUCCCUAGGGAUUUUCCAGCUCAAGCGAAGAACUGCUCCCACGGUUUGUGACGAGAGAACUUGGAUGCAUUUAGUGGCAGAGGAAGUUUGCAUACGAAUUGCGUGUUGGGUCUUUCUAGCCGAUGGAUUCCUCACAGUCUGCUUCAAAAAUCAUCCAUCAAUAUCGGUCUUUGAAAUGGAUUGUCAUUUUCCUUGGAGUGCAGGGUUAUGGGAGGCUGAAAGUGCAUCUUCUUUCAGUAGGAUUGCCAUGUCGCACUCGACAGAUCUCCCGCUUCCGCCUCUGAAAGACGUGAUCACCCAAUUGCUUGAAACUCCUUUGGGUAAUGACCCAAUACCAUGGAGUCUUUCGGUAUCAGUGGAGCAUCUCCUGAUUCUGAUUUACGCAAUUAAUUCCCUGGCAUUCCAGGCGAGAUCGGGGCUGUUGAGAUAUUUAUCACUGGAUAAAAUACGCUGUGCGUCUGGUAACUGGAGACGGAUAUGGGAUUCUGUCAUCGGUCUCUUGGACAAGGACCAAUUCCUUCACCUGGGGUAUCCGAAACACGCCCAGGAGCUUUGGUGGUUGUUGAAUGCCACGCUAGAUGCUACUGGCAGGUCUGAUGUCAACCUUCGGUACAUGGAUAACACCGCUACCGAUGACUUGGGCAAUUUGAAUGAAUUCAUUCAAUGGUGUCACCAAAGCCCGCCAUAA